AUGAAAUAUGACACUCUCAGUACGCGUCAGUUCUUAGGCAUGGAUCCACCAGAGCAGCUCCCCACCGGACCCAUUCCGCCGCCACCCUACAACUAUGAUACCAUUGAGUGGGUGGAGACAUUCAACGGCGGAACCGACUGGUAUGACCAGGCCCACAGCGAAACAGUUCUCGAAUCUCUCGACUUCGAGUCCGAUAAACACACGAAUUGGUACUGCAUAAUGGGUGGUGCCCAGCAGCUCGCCAAGGGGAUGGCCGCCGAGAUCUUUCGCAAGCCCGUCUACAACUCCCCGGUGACGGCAAUCAGGGCCGGGGGCAUAAUGAAAGUGGGAGUCGAUAUCGGAACCUCGCACGCAAAGAUAACGAAGAAAUACAAUGCAGUCUUUAACACUACGACUCUCUCGUGCCUGGGAAGGAUGGAUAUCAGUAAAGCCGGCCUCAACUAUAGCACCAAGCAAGCAAUUCGCUCUUUGGGGUAUGGCUCGACCGCAAAAAUCCAUGACCUCGGGGAUUACAACGUUAAGAUGGGUGGCCUCGGUCAUUCCGACCUGACUACCCGAACGUGUGUGUACCCGUCCUACAACAUCCAGGACGACAAGGCAAAGACCGCCGUGCUGCUGAACUCGUACACCUGGCAGCAAGACUCGCAGCGUCUCGCAUCGCUCAUAUCCACUAAUGCCGACCCCGCUCAGAAGGCUAAAGACGAAGCUGAUCUGAAGGAGUUACUCUUCCGCGAGCUUGUUCGCUUACACCAGAACAAGGACAUGACCAAUGAGGAGCUCUACAACCUCAUCAGCAGCAACUACAUCAACCACUUUGCCUUCGACUGGGGCAAGGACCCGACCACAGCGGGUGCGUUCGCAUUUUUCCGACCACAGCAGUUCAGCAGCAUGUGGAACAAGAUGAUUCAGCCGCCUGGGGACGUUGCCAUCAUGGGCGAGGCGGCAAGUCACCAUCACGCCUGGGUUGUCGGUGCGCUUGAGAGCGUCGUGCACGGUAUUCAUGCCUGGCUGGGCCUCAAUGUGGGGGUUGUUCCCGAAUUUGCGGAAGCGAUGAAAAUUCUGGAGUAGUACAAGCCUAGAAACCCAUUCAUUGGUCUGCCGCCGUACAUGGACGCGAACAUCUCUAGGUGGCAGUCGUGUAUUAGCAUGAUUCAUCGCGGCGAGCACCUAGGUGAUCUCAAAGAC